AUGGCUGUUUCAAUUGAAGAUGCGGCAUUAUUAUCCCUCUCUGUCGAGAUGCUGAUAUACGGAAGCCUUCUCACUUUGGAGGUAUUCGUGAUUAAUACCCUCCUGGACAAACGAAAGAAUGGGGGGAAACACGUUGGGGUCGCUCUUCUUCCCGUUGCUGUUCUCAUGCUAGCGCUCGCCACAGGGCAUUUUGUUGUCGACGUCGUCAAAGCCAUCAACACGUUCUCUGUGCUCAAAUAUCAUGGACACGACGCUGCAUCGAAGUACUACCAGUCGCUCUCCGAUCCUCUGUUUUUGGCCAAGAACUCCAUAUAUCUGAUUCAAACUUCACUCGGUGACGGAAUUCUGCUUUGGCGAUGCUAUAUUGUAUGUGGCAAAAACUGGCGCGCCAUCAUCGUUCCCGUCUUGUCUAUCCCGCCAACGAUGAUCGGUGGGACUAUCUCUAUUAUUCAAUGCAGUCUCGUUAAGAACCAAAACCCGAACGAUGUCCCUCUGAACCCUGCGAUCAUCCUCAGCUACGUCUGCACGCUCAUCACCACCAUAUACUGCACAUGCAAGUUUACUUCGUCCCUCUUCUUCCUUUCCCGCAACCACCCACUAAUCAGACAUUUGACCACAGCCGCCAUCUCCUGGAACGUCUACAGAAGUAGCCGCAUAUCGCAGUCGAACCCCAUCGCUGGCAGCCUCGCCUCGCGCGUCAUCUUCGCCGUCGUCCAGAGCGGCGCUCUGUAUACUUUCGGCAUCCUUGCGUUCCUCGUCACUUACCUCGCAGGCACGCUCCUGCAAUGCGUCCCGCUCGAUAGUGUCACCCCUCUCGUCGGCGUCACAUUCUGCCUCAUCAUGAUGCAGCUCCGAGCCCCUCGAAACGAUCAAUAUGUGGUCAAUAGCGACGGUCCGGUAAAGACUAUCCCCCGCACGACGACGCGGAUAUCGUUCGCUCCCCCGUCCCGAGGCACCUUUAUGACUUCAACCAUCACGUCUAGAGUCGCCCCGGUCAUCAGUGAAGACAACGACGGUGUGGUGAGAGAUGGAGAUGAGGUGUAUACGCUGGAGAUUCCGAAGCAGGGGGACGUUUAUAGAGCGAGUUCGGACACGGCUUGGAGCAGGGAGACAUUGUCACGGGUAGCAACCAGUAGUGUGGGGAAGGAAGCGGCUAGCGUAAAUGCCGAGAAAAUAGAGGGGGAAAGUUUGGCUGUCAGAGAUGGCAGAGAAGAAGGAAUAGUGGCGUACGAGCUGGGCGAUUUAGCUUGA